GUACAGUUUCCAUCGGCUGAGGCACUUGCAGGAUUGGAGCAAGAGGCUUUGCAACUGGGAACUCAACCACCAGCAGUAGCAUCCGCAUGGGAGCCACAACUGCAAGUAAUUCGGCGGAUACGGGCCGACAAGUGUAUCCACCAGAGCCGACGGACUCAGUCAUCAGAUCGACGGUGAGCGCGGCAAUAGCGAAGGCUCAUGCGACCUAUCGGAGUUCGCUGCAGGAGGGAAUUUCGGCAUCGAUACGCGAUGAAAUUCGUGCAGGCUUCCUGGAGUUUAUAAAGCUGAUGCAGGAGACCACCCGACCGCAGAGUGACGGUAGUGGUUGCAGUCGACCCGCCUCUACGCAGCAAAAGUCGAUGGCAGAGACAGGAGCAAUCCCGAAGGUUCACAAAAGUGAGCCGGAGCCGCCAGUGCAGACCAUACGAGGACCGUUGCCGCGUCCUGACUAUUUAACGAGCCCUGAAGAGGUGUACGAUCCGCACGCGGCGGAAUCCCCACGGCAACAUGCAGUCAGAUGCUGGAGACGGAAGGACCGAAUAAGGCAUGGAAACUGAGUCGUCGAGGAACCGAACUUACCUGAAGCUGGAACGGUGGAACGUGCGAUACGAUAGCGCCGAUUUCACUCACGC